AUGGCGACCCCGAACUACACCACGGAUCUAACCAUGGCGUACCAGGAGACGCACGUCUUCAAGUUUGCGCAGAAGACGAUCACCCGCUUCACGUGCCAGAUUCGGAUAUGUUAUAAGGGCAAAGAUUGCACAGAGUUGUCGCCGCCUCGUGCUUGUCCGACGCUUGAAGAGCGGCUGGCAGCCGUUCGGAAACUGCGCGAUCAACCGGCGGUCGGAAGGAAGGACAUUUAUUCGUCAUUGAUCGAUAUCGAAAAGGAGCUCCAACGCCAAACUCCCAAGACAACGUCUCCUCGCCCCCUCGUCAACUUCACGGCCCAGACGAAGGGCCGCAUCUAUUUCGACGGGAACUCAUCGUUGCCAAAGCAGCAGCGCCUCCGCCGUGCCCUCGACAUCGAUGGCGGCCAAGGGCGUCUGGUACGCAGCGAACAGGGGUAUCCCCGGAUGGACGUCACCGGAGAGCUGAGAGUGUUGGACAGCCGCGAGGACGCGCGUUAUUAUGAAGAGCAUGGCGUCACUGACGGGGCACCUGAAAAGUGCAGCCAAUCAACCACGCUCCUUUGGAUCUGGCUGGGGAGCCUGAUCGCUUCGUCGAUCCUGCUAAUUAUUCUCAUCUUUACGAUCGCUCGCAAAACGCUCCGCUUUUCCAGCAAGGAGACUUGGAUCCCCAAU